AUGGCCUUCUCCUGCUUGAUUCUAGCAGUGCUCCUGUCUUGUGCCAUUCCGUCUUGUGAGGGGCAGUGUCGGAGCACCUGUGUUGGACAAGAGAGCGGAGGACAAUUUCCCCUGUGCGGAGACUGCACCAGGUACAUUGUGUGUGUCAACCAGAUUGGAAUCAUCAUGCAGUGCCCCUUUGACUGGGAGUGGAGCGUGGCGACAAUGGAGUGUACCUCUCCGCAAUUGGCUCAGUGCAGUCCUAUAACCACUCCUACAACCAGCCCUACAACCAGUCCUACAACCAGCCCUACAAUCAGUCCUACAACUAGCCAUACAACCAGUCCCACAAUCAGUCCUACAACCAGUCCUACCACCAGCCCUACAAUCAGCCCUACCACCAGCCCUACAACCACUCCUACAACUAUGAUGAUUCCUGCAACCAGCCCUACAACCAGCCCUACAACCAGUCCUACAACCAGUCCUGCAACCAGCCCUACAACCAGCCCUACAACCAGCCCUACAACCAGCCUUACUACUAGUCCUACAACCAGCCCUACAACCAGCCCUACAACCAAACCCACAACCAGCCCUACAACCAACCCUACAACCACUCCUACAACCAACCCUACAACAAGUCCUACAACAAGUCCUACAACAAGUCCUACAACAAGCCCUACAACCAGUCCUACUACCAGUCCUACAACCAGCCCUACAACCAAAACCAGCCCAACAACCAGACCUACAACCAGCCCCACAACCAGUCCUACAACCAGCCCUACAACCAGUCCUACAACCAGCCCUACAACCAGUCCUACAACCAGCCCUACAAUCAGUCCUACAACUAGCCAUACAACCAGUCCCACAAUCAGUCCUACAACCAGUCCUACCACCAGCCCUACAAUCAGCCCUACCACCAGCCCUACAACCAGUCCUACAACCAGCCCUACAACCAGUCCUACAACCAGCCCUACAAUCAGUCCUACAACUAGCCAUACAACCAGUCCCACAAUCAGUCCUACAACCAGUCCUACCACCAGCCCUACAAUCAGCCCUACCACCAGCCCUACAACCAGUCCUACAACUAGCCCCACAGCCAGUCCUACAACCAGUCCUACAACCAGUCCUACAACAAGUCCUACAACUAGUCCUACAACCAGUCCUACAACCAGCCCUACAACCAGUCCAACAACCAGUCCUACAACUAUGACGAUCCCUACAAUCAGCCCUACCACCAGCCCUACAACCAGUCCUACAACUAGCCCCACAGCCAGUCCUACAACCAGUCCUACAACCAGUCCUACAACAAGUCCUACAACUAGUCCUACAACCAGUCCUACAACCAGCCCUACAACCAGUCCAACAACCAGUCCUACAACCACUCCUACAACUAUGACGAUGUGUGUAACCAGCUGUGUUGGAGUUGUGAGUGGCACCUAUCAGUCGUGUGAUACGUGUACUGGUUUCAUAAUAUGCAUUGCAAAUGUUCUCUAUAACAAUCCGUGUCCGACAGUUGACGGACAAGUUCUUGUAUGGGAUGAUAAACUGAAGACAUGCGAACUUACGUCAAACACUUGUACAGAAACCAGCCCAACAACCAGACCUACAACCAGUCCAACAACCAGUCCUACAACCAGUCCUACAACCAGCCCUACAACCAGCCCUACAACCAGUCCAACAACCAGUCCUACAACCAGUCCUACAACCAGCCCUACAACCAGUCCUACAACCAGCCCUACAACCAGCCUUACAACCAGCCCUACAACCAGCCCUACAACCAGCCCUACAACAAGUCCUACAACCAGCCCUACAACCAGUCCUACAACCAGCCCUACAACCAGCCUUACAACCAGCCCUACAACCAGCCCUACAACCAGUCCUACAACCAGUCCUACAACCAGUCCUACAACCAGUCCAACAACCAGUCCUACCACCAGCCCUACAACCAGUCCUACAACCAGUCCUACAACAAGUCCUACAACCAGUCCCACAACCAGCCCUACAACCAGCCCUACAACCAGUCCUACAACUAGCCCUACAACCAGUCCAACAACCAGUCCUACAACCACUCCUACAACUAUGACGAUUCCAACAACGAGUCUUACAACUAGUCCUACAACCAGUCCUACAACCAGCUCUACCACUAGUCCUACCACCAGCCCUACAACCAGCCCUACAACCAGCCCUACAACAAGCCCUACAACCAGUCCUACAACCAGCCCUACAACCAGCCCUACAACAAGCCCUACAACAAGCCCUACAACCAGUCCAACAACCAACCCUACAACCAGUCCUACAACCAGCCCUACAACCAGCCCUACAACCAGCCCUACAACAAGCCCUACAACCAGUCCAACAACCAACCCUACAACCAGUCCUACAACCAGCCCUACAACCAGCCCUACAACCAGCCCUACAACCAGCCCUACGACCAGUCCAACAACGAGUCUUACAACCAGUCCUACAACCAGCCCUACAACCAGCCCUACCACUAGCCCUACAACCAGUCCUACAACCAGCCUUACAACCAGUCCUACAACCAGUCCUACAACAAGUCCUACAACAAGCCCUACAACCAGCCCUACAACCAGUCCUACAACCAGCCCUAUAACAAGCCCUACAACCAGUCCUACAACCAGUCCUACAACAAGUCCUACAACAAGUCCUACAAUCAGUCCUACAACCAGUCCUACAACCAGUCCAACAACAAGCCCUACAACCAGCCCUACAACCAGUCCUACAACCAGUCCUACAACAAGUCCUACAACCAGCCCUACAACAAGCCCUACAACCAGCCCCACAACCAGUCCUACAACCAGUCCUACAACCAGUCCUACAACAAGCCCUACAACAAGCCCUACAACCAGCCCUACAACCAGUCCUACAACCAGCCCUACAACAAGCCCUACAACCAGCCCCACAACCAGUCCCACAACCAGUCCUACAACCAAUUGCAGCACUGCCAGAAAGGAUGUCGUGUUCAUCCUUGACAUAUCUACCAGCAUCACCGCGAGUGAUUUCGUGGUGUAUAAGCAGUUUGUUGCUGAUGUUGUAGAUACGUUCACAAUUCAAAACGCAAACGUUCGCGUUGGAGCAGUAUCAUUCUCCGACUCGGGCGAUAAGGAGAUAGAACUGGACGACUACCAAAGUAGCAAAAGCGACUUGAAAGAUGCUAUUUUGGAUAUCGACCGAGGAGACUCAUCUCGAAACACAGCCGCCGCUCUCCUCGAGGCAAGAACAAACAUAUUCACGGAAGACGGGGACCGUGCCAAUGCAGACAAUGUAGCAAUCUUGUUCACCGUCGGGAUGUCGCGAAAUGCUGUGGCAACACGUAAUCGAGCUAAUCAACUGAAAGGAAUAGCUGAGGUGUUCGCCGUAGGAAUAGGUCUUACAGACACUUCGGAGAUUGAAGCCAUUGCAUCUACCCCCACUGCCGACCAUGUGUUCACGGUUGAUGAUUUCUCAUCUGUCUCCUCCCUUCUUGAUGCACUUGCAAUGACAACAUGUGACCCUUGCUCGCCAGUCUGCACAGCCUCACAAAAAUGCAAUCGACCCACGAACACGUGUACAGCUCCAGCUCUGCAAGGGUCAUCCUCUAUGGGAACGUGUCGAGUUACUUGUGAUGGGGUUGCAGGAACCAACACGUUUGCUUACUGUGGAGAGGUGAACAGAUAUCUUGUCUGUGAUGGCAACACCUCCACUAUCCGCCAGUGCGACUCCAAUGCCCUAUACAACCCUCAGUCACAAACCUGUGAGAAUAGCCCUGGUGUAGCCUGUAUAUUCAGCUGUACUGGAGUGGCAGAUGGGGAGUAUCAAUCCUGCUUCACCUGCACAAGCUACAUCACCUGUUCAGGAGGGUCUUCGCACACAACGACGUGUCCUGCUGAACAGGGCAAUGGUCAGUACUGGGACGACGUCAGUAAGUCCUGUGAGGACACCACCACCACCUGCUUCCAGACGAUCCCUGCGACAGCAACAACUACUGGUCCUGUUUCACCUACAGCUAACAAUCUCACACAGACGGAAUGUAUCACCAGCUGUACCUCUCUUCCCAACGGCAACUACCAGUCCUGUGCGAGGUGCGACUCCUACAUAGCCUGCAACUGGAACAAACCCUACCUCAUGAACUGUCCAUCUGGCCUGUGGUGGGAUGAUGUCCUCAAAACCUGCACCAGACAAUCACAAACUUGUACAAACUGAUAUUUGUAUUAGAGUAAACUACGGUUAUAAUGAACACGCUUAUAACGAACUAACGGAUAUAACGAACUAACUUUUUUGUCCCGACUAUUUGCUGUAGUUAUAUUGUAUAUAUGCUUAUAACGAAUUACGGUUAUAACGAACUAAAAUUAGUAGUCCCUUUGAGUUCGUUAUAACCGUAGUUUACUGUACUUUCACUUCAGUUAUUGUAAAGGGUCUGCAUCCAAUGUUAUCUAUUGUAUUGCAGUAAACUUCGGUUAUAACGAACUCGAAGGGACCACUAAUUUUAGUUCGUAAUAACCGUAGUUCGUUAUAGGCCUAUAUACAGCAUUUAUAUAACAAAUGGUUAUAUCGGUCAGUUCGUUAUAAGCGUGUUCGUUAUAAACGUAGUUUCUUGCACUUCAAAAUCUUGUCAUUCUCAAGGAUCUAUACCCUAUGCCCCAUCCUAUUCAUAUAAUCACUGGUCCCUCCUACAUCGUAUUCAGAAACAUAGUUAUUUAGAAUGUAUUCAUAACGUGUUUCAUUCAAUGGUAGUUCGAAGGAACUUUUGCUUGUUGGUAAAUCACCUUUCUACCGGGCCCGACACGUGUAGAUUGUUACCAGAUCCUUUCGCAAUGUUGCCAAGGACAACUUGUCAACUCAGCGGCUGUCGAAUGGUUCCCGGAAAGGGUAGACUGGGGAAAUGACUUUUUUUCGUAAAAUGAUCAUGUAUGAUACCUAUGGAGCCUACUAUCAAAGAAAUAAAGUGAGUCAACUAUUUCUUC